AUGGCGGCUGUAUCGGCGUCGUCAUCGACGGGGCCUGGACUCGAUCCGGAGCAUGACCCGAGCCUGUGGCAGGAGCUGACAACCGAGGACGGGCUGGUGUACUACUACAAUGCUGGGCUUGACAUUACCCAAGAGGACAAGCCGGCGUGCUUGCGGACCGAUGGCGACGAGGCGUUUGAUGGCGCGUGGGCAUGGGUGCCUGAUGAGCAGGAAGGCUACGUCGCCGGGCGGGUUAUCGAGACCAAUGCUAACGACGAGCCGGCGGUCAUCGAGCUCAUCGACGGCGGUACUCGCCGUGUACCCAAGAAGGACCAGGGCUCGACAUUUACCCUCUCACCGGGCUCGCUCCGCAAGAACCGUGACGACCUUGUGCAGAUGGGCGAGAUCGACGAGGGCAUCAUUCUCCACAACCUCAAGAAGCGGUUCAUGGAGGAUACCAUUUACACCAACAUCGGGCCGAUUCUCAUCAUCGUCAACCCGUACCGGUGGAUGAAGCUCUACACCGAAGAGAUCAUGGAGAAGGUUCGCAACCGCGGCAUCCAGAUGCUCAAGCCGCACAUCUUCAACAUUGCCGACGACGCUUUCCGGCAGUUGUCGGAGAAGAUGGCGUCGGGCGAGAAUCCGAAUCAGUCGAUCCUCAUUUCAGGCGAGUCGGGUGCCGGCAAGACCGAGGCGACCAAGCAGGCGCUCAAGUACCUUGCGCACUGCGCCGGGUCGGGCGAGACCUCGGGCGUGGAGCAGAAGCUGCUUGCGGCGAACCCGCUGCUGGAGGCGUUUGGCAACGCGGCGACGCUGCGGAACCACAACUCGUCGCGGUUUGGCAAGUGGAUGGAGGUGUUUUUUGACUCACGGCGGCGGAUUGUGGGCGCCAAGAUCAACAACUACCUGCUGGAAAAGUCGCGUGUCUCGCACCAGAUCGGCGGCGAGCGCAACUUCCACAUUUUCUACCAGCUCUGCCAGGCGCGCGAGAUUGCGGAGAUGUACUCGCUGGGGCGGGCAGAGGAGUAUGCGUUUGUGCGCGGGCGGACGGUCAUCGACGACGCGCACUUUUCAGAUGCCAAGGACUUUGCCGAGGUGCUGGAGGCGAUGGACAUGUUCAACAUCAAGGAGGGUGCGGACCGGCAGUCGAUUUUCCGGUUGGUGGCGGGUAUUCUCCACUUUGGCAACCUUGAGUUUGCUCGCGAUGACUCGGGCGAGGGCUCGCGCAUUCGCAACCCCGAAACGCUCGCGGUCGCAGCCAGCAUGUUCUGUGUGCCAGAGGCUGCGCUCGAGCGUGCGGUCUUGUUCCGGACGCUGACGUUCAAGCGGCAGGAUGACGUCAUUGUGCCGCUUACGCCAGAGCAGGCAGCCGACAACCGCAACGCACUGGCACGAACGCUGUACAACUCGAUGUUCAACUGGCUGGUGGUGCGGGUCAACCAGGUGCUUGCGCCCAAGGGCGGAGUCGGCGGCCUCAACCUCAUCGGGAUCCUGGACAUUUUCGGGUUUGAGAUUUUCCAGAACAACUCGUUCGAGCAGCUCUGCAUCAACUACGCUAACGAGAAGCUGCAGCAGCACUUUAACCAGCACACGUUCAAGAUGGAGCAGCAGCUGUACAUGGACGAGGGCAUCAACUUUGAGGAAGUCAAGUUUGUGGACAACCAGCCGUGCCUGGACCUGCUCGAGCGUAAGCCGCACGGCAUCCUCAUCAUGCUUGACGAGGAGCUGCUCGCGCCGUCGGGUUCUGACGAUCGGUUCCUAGACAAGCUCAACUCACGGCACUCGAAGAAGACGGAGCGGUUCUCGAUGGCGUUCCGGACGCCCAACACGUUCAACGUGGAGCACUACGCUGGACAGGUGACGUACGACGUGCGCGGGUUUCUGGAGAAGAACAAGGACACGAUUGAGAAGGAUCUGCUGACGCUUGUGCACGCGUCGACAGACCAGUUCAUCCAGCACUUGUUUGAGUCUGUGGGCGCCGACUCCAAGUCGCGAAAGCAGAGUACGGCGUUCCAGUUCCGGACGCAGCUCGGGUCGCUGAUGAAAGAGCUUCAGGCGACGACGCCGCAUUAUGUGCGGUGCAUCAAGCCGAACUCGGUGUUCAAGCCGCGGAUCUGGAGCGGGCGCGACUCGCUGCUCCAGCUGCGGUACUCGGGAGUGUUUGAGGCUGUCCGCAUCCGGCAGACCGGGUUCCCGUUCCGGUACAGCCACGCCGAGUUUAUCCGGCGGUACGGGGUGUUCAACUCGUGGGCGCGCAAGUCGAGCGAGGCUGCGACGUGCAAGGACAUUCUGGAGAGCGUGCGCGGCGACUUUUCCGAGGUGCAGAUCGGACGGACGCGCGUGCUGUACCGGGCCAAGAUGCACCGUGCGCUCGAGGUGCGACUGUCGAUCAUUCUGCAUCGGAUGGCGACCAAGGCGCAGGCCGCGUUCCGUGGAUUCCGGGCACGCAAGCUGUUUGCGCAGAUGAAGAAGGUGGACGCGGCGAUGCGUGCGGCGAUGGCAACGCUGGACGUGGACACGCUCCGUGCAGCGAUUUCCGAAGCACGUGCGAUGUGGUUCCAACUCGGGGUGACAGACGAGGCGGAGCGGCUGUGCGCGCGGCUUGAGGAGGAGCGCGGGCUGAACGCGGCGAUGGAGCGGCUGCGGACUGCUGGUGACCCAGAGGGCAACUACGAGGAGAUUUUCCGGGUCAUCUCGCGGGCCGAGGAGCUUGGGGUGGUCAACCCAGACAUUGCGGUUCUGCGCGAGUCGAUCCGGUCGAUCCACGAGCGCAAGCAGGCGGUGAAGGACCUGGAAGAGGGCGCACGUGAGUUUGACAAGAAGCGGCUCGAGGCCGGGCUGGAGGCUGUUUCACGGCUCGGCAUCUCGUGCGCCGGCGCGGUAGCGACGGCACAGCGCGUGCUGGACCUCAUCCUCUCUGAGGAGUCGCUGGUCUCGCGGUGCUCGGCCGCGCUGUACUCUGCUCAGGAUGAUCUGCAGGGUCUGCAAGAGGCGCUCUCUGAGGUGUCGGCGUUCCAGAUCCGGACCGAGGCCGGCAAGCUGCUACGGUCGAAGCUGUCGGCUACGGUCGGCAUCCGUGUGGCGAUUCGUGACCAGGACUGGGAUGGGCUGCGAUCUGCAGUGGAUGCGGCGCUCGCACUGGGGCUUGCCGGUAUGCCAGAUGUUGUGGCGGCGGAGGAGGGCCUCGCGCUGAGGGCGCGGAUGGCAGAGGUGGGAUCCGCGCUGGUGGCUGAGGUUCCGCGCAAGGUGCUCCCGGCGCUCCUUGCGGUGCUGGCGCAAGCGCGCGAGCUGGAGAUGGGUAGCUCGCUGUACUCGUCGUGGCGCGACGAGGUGGCGGGCGCAGAGGCGCAGGCGGCCGCGCAUGCGGCGUUGCUGGAGGAUUUGCGGACGCAGCUCAAGCCACUGGAACGGACAGUGACGCCGGCGCGGGCGGUGCUGGAGCUCAAGACACAGAUUGGCGUUGCAGACGAGUUCGGGCUUGUGGCGCAGGACGACCUGGCGCUUGUUGAGGCGGCGCGGACGCUGCUCGCUGUUCGCGAAGGGGUGUCUGGGAAGGAGUGGCGGAAGCUGGAGAACGCCGUGGCGUCUGCUGCGCGGCAGCCGAGCAUUGCGGACCACCCGGAGGUUGCGGCGGGCAAGGAAGGUCUUGCGCUGCGGGCCAAGAUGCUCGGCGUGGCCGGGCAGCUCUCGACGCAGAUGUCGGCGCGUGCGAUGCAGGGUCUGGCGCAGGCGCUCGAGGACGCGGAGGCGCUUGACAUGAAGACCUCGUACUGGUCGACGUGGGAGGACGUGGUUGUGGCCGGAGAGGUGCAGCUGGCGCAGCACAAGCGGAUUGUCAAGAACCUCAAGGCUUGCACGGGACCUGGGACUCAGCUGCAGAUCGAUUCGCUGGAGGCAGCGCUUGCUGACGCGCGCGCGUUUGGCCUGCGGCAGCCUGCAGACACGGCGCUUGUCUCGCUCGGCACGCUCCUCCUGGAGCUGCGGCGCGCACUGGCGGCGCGCGACUGGGCGGUGUUGGGCCAGUGCGUGGCGCGUGCGGCGUCGUCGGGAAUCUCAGCGCCGGAAGUGGCACAGGUCAAGGCCGGCCUCGAGCUGCGGGAGCAGAUGCACGAGGUUGCAUCGCGACUGAGCGUGGCCAAGGCGAAGCACGACUCUGAGGCGCUGCGCGACGCGAUGGGCACAGCAGUGCGGCUGGAGAUGGAGGACUCGAUGUGGUCGACGUGGAGCGAGCUUGUUGUGGCGUGCGAGAACCAGCUCCGGCGGCAUCUGGAGCUGCUGCGUGCGCUGCGUGCGACGCUCGCACCCGGCACCUCGAAGCUCAUUGACCAGCUGCAGUCUGUGCUCAACAAUGUGGCGGCGUUUGGGUUCAAGACCCGUGACGACUGCGUGCUCGAGGAGCAGGGCCGGAUUACGCUCUCGCUCCGCAAGGCGAUUGCGGCGCGGGCAUGGGACGACAUUGCCGGCGCGCUGGCGUCUGCCGCAGCGGCCGGCUACACCUCGACCGAGGUCUCUGCCGCCAACUCCGGCCUGGAGCUGCGGGCUAAGAUGGAGGUGGUGGCGACCAAGCUGAGCAAGGCGGCUGCGGCGCAUGAUGCCAAGGCGAUGGCGGCUGAUGGCUACGUCAUACUGGUCGACGUGGUCCGAACUGCUGGAAAGGUGGAGCGGCAGCUGGUUACCCACCGGGCUGUUGUGGCGUCGCUCAAGGAGACGACGGCACCAGGCACGUCCAAGCUUGUUGAGCCGCUACAGGACGCGAUCGAGGCUGCGACCGAGUACGGGCUGUGGACGGACUUGGACGCAGACUUGCUCCGCGGAGCGGAGAUCACGCUGCAGGCACGGAUUGGGUUUGCGUCGCGCGAUUGGGAAGCUGUCCGCAAGGCGACGCAAGCUGCGUUUGUGGCCGGGCACGAGACCUCUGAGCUCCGCGAGCUUGCCGAGGGACUCAAGCUCCGGGCGAAGAUGUCUGGUGUGGCCGAGGCGCUACGCCGUGCGAUGGAGGCACACGACGCGGUGGCGCUGGACGCGGCGCUGCUGGACGCGUCGGGCCUGCGGAUGGAGAGUUCAGCGUGGUCGACGUGGCAGGAGCUGAUGGAGAAGGCGCGGGCGCAGCGAACGCAGCACGCGGAUUUGCUCAGCGACUUGCGGCACUGGCUAUCGGCUGGCAAGGAACGUGCGAUCGAGCCGCUGGCCGACGCGCUUGCAGCCGGAGUGCAGUACGGUUUCUGUGUGGCAGAGGACGUGCAGGUGCUUAACGAGGCCAAGCUCGUUCUCCAAAUCCGCAAGGGCUUCGAUGCCAAGGACUACACGUCUGUGCGGUCGCAGGUGCGGCGGGCAACGCAGCUUGGACUCGCCAGCUCGCGCGAAAUCGCGGCAGCGGCGCAAGUGCUUGAGGCGCGGUCGCAGAUGGAGGCGACUGCUCGCAAGCUCAAGGCCGCGGCAGCGGCGCACGACGCGCCGGCGUUGAGGGCGGCACUUGUGGAGGCGCGCGGGUGCGAAAUGGGUACAUCGCCGCACUCGUCAUGGGUCUCGGAGGUGGUGGAGGCCAAAGAGCUGCUGUCGAAGCAUCGGUCGCUGCUUGUGCGGCUCCGAGUGGCGGCGGCACCCAAGUCGCGUAACCUGAUUGGGCCGCUUGCGGCGGCGCUGCAAGAGGCGAUCGACUUUGGGCUGUGGACACCUGCGGACGCAGGAGUGCAGCAAAACGCAUCGAUUGUGCUCCGUGCGCGACAGGCUCUCGACGCGCAGUCGUGGCAGGGUCUCAAGGCCGCGCUUGACUCUGCGCUAGUGGCGCAGCUGGACAACGAGGAGAUCCGGUGGUACCGCGAGGGCCUUGCGCUGCGGCACAAGAUGAGCGCAGUGGCCGAGUCGCUGGAGCGCGCUGUGCGCAGCCGCGACGUCGACGCACUGGUGGCUGGUGUGGAGGAGGCGACGACCCGCGAGGUGGACAUGAUCUCGUCGCCGUGGUCGUCGUGGUCGCCGCUGGUCGACUCUGCAGCGGAGCUGGCGGAGGAGGGCAAGUCGCUGCGGACGAGGCUGCGGUCGUCGCUGGAGCCGCCGGCCGAGGUGGGUGAUGCCAGCGCAGCCGAGGCGGCGCACCUUGCGCUGCUGGAUGCUGCCGACGAGUACGGGUUUACGCUCGGCGACGACCUCGAGCUUGUGCGGCAGUCGCGGCUGUACCACCAGGUCCGUGUUGCGCUUCGUAGCUCCGACUGGAGCCGGCUCGAAGCCACGCUCCGGUCUGCGCUCAGCUUUGGAAUGGAGAGCCCGGAACUUGCAGCGGCGGCAGAGGCUGUGCAUCUUGCACGGCAGCGUGCCGAGAUGGCAGCGCUGCUCAAGUCGGCAAUGCAAGACGUGUACAACUACGAGCGCAACGUGCUCGGGAUGGCACUGGAGCAGGCGGAGCCGCUGCGGCUGCACGAGUCCGAGUACGCGCUGCUAGAGCAGGAGGCGAAGAAGCUGGCGGCACAGAUCGAGACAGUGCGCGGCUCGCUGGAGAGCGGGACUGCCAAUGUGGAUGCUGCGGAGCUGAGCGUUGCGCUGGAGCUCGCGGCCGACAUCGGGUACGAGACGGUGCAGGUGGCAUCUGCACGUGUGCUCCUCCACGAGAUCCAGUCGAUUGUGGACGGAGCGUCUGUGGCGCUUUCGACCCGCGACGUCAAGGUGCUGCAGCAGCUGCUGCGGCGGGCCAAGAUGAUCAAUCUUCGGGCGCCGCCGAUUCCGGAGAUCGAGAUGAAGCUGCCUUUGUUUGUGUACUCGGAAGGUGACAAGCAGGUGAAGGACUUUGAGCGGCUGCGCGACGCUGAGAGCUUUGCGUCAAAGAAGUGGUUCGGACGGAGCUCGGCAGCGCAGAGCAUGCUCAUGUGGUCGGGCUCGCCGCUGCCCAACUCGCUGACGCAGCUCGACUCGGCCGGUGAAGUCAAGAUUGCGUUGCAGGCGUUCACCAAUUUGCUGGCGUACAUGGGCGACCGCAAGUCCGGUGGGGUGUUCUCGUCCAAGAAGGCCGGCGGUGAGAAGCCGAUGCGGUUCCUCGUCGAGCUCGGACGCGGCAACUCGGGCUCGCCGCUCGCAGAUGAGCUCUACGUCCAGCUUGUCAAGCAGCUGAGCGAGAACCCGCAUGUAGAGUCGGAGGCCUUUGGCUGGCGGCUCAUGGAGGCGUACGUUCAGACCUUCCUCCCCUCGGCCGCCUUUUUCGUCUACCUCGAGUGGUUCCUCAUCAACCAGCCCGUGGUCGACGGCCGCCCCGGGGCCGCACAGUACGUUGCCUGGCUCCGCGGGACGCGUGCCGAAGGCGCCGCUGGUGCCGCCAGCGCGUCGAGUGCGUGAGGAUAUUGCCUGAUAAAGUGAUCAAAGC